AUGAUGGGUUCAUGGACCCAACAAGGUGGCUACCCUCUACUCACCGUUAAACGUAAUUACGAAGACGGAUCCUUCACCGUUAGCCAAGAGGCAUUCUACAAUAAUGAAAAUACCAAAUCCGAUAAAUUGUGGUACAUUCCCAUUAAUUACGCCAGUCAAUCGAAAUCCGAUUUCCGUAAUACCGAAGCCAGUGAUUAUCUUCUCAAGGUACCCAGCAUUAAAGUGGAUGCCAAAUUGGGCAAAGAUGAAUGGUUGAUUUUGAAUAAACAAUCCACCGGUUUCUAUCGCAUCAAUUAUGACGAACAAAAUUGGAAGAUGAUUGUUCAGGGUCUUAUCGAUAGUCCUUACCGUGUCCAUGCUCGUAAUCGUGCCCAGCUCAUUCACGAUGCCUAUCGUUUCAGUAUCUCCAAUCGCUUGUCACACUCCAUUCUCUUGGACAUGUUAACCUAUUUGUCCAAUGAAGAGGAAUAUGCUCCAUGGGCCACAUCCCGUGCUAUCUUUGAUACCUUCAAUCGUUUCUUCAUCGAUGACAAGGAAUAUGAACAUUUCAAACAGUAUUUGGCCUACAUUAUCGAACCCGUCUAUGAGAAGUUUGGCAUCCAUGAAGAUUCCGGUGAACAACAUUAUCACAAAAUUACCCGCAACAUUGUUAUCCACCUUGCUAAUAUGGCUGGUCUCAAAAAUGCCUUUGGCGAUGUCUAUGGCAAAUUCAAAACGGAAUUGCAGGGUGGUGUGACAAUUGAACCAAAUCUCCAAUCCCAAUUCUAUUGUAUCAGCCUUAAAGAUGGCUCCGCCCAAGAAUUUGAUUAUGUUUUCAACAAACUAAUGUCGAUCAAUGAUCAAGCUUUGCGCAACUCCUUCAUCUCCUCGUUGGGCUGUACCGAACGCAAGGAACACCUGCAGAAAUUCUUCAGCAGUUCCAUUGACACCAGUAACUCACUUCGCGGUCCUGAACGCUUAAACAUUCUUAGUGCUGCCUACAGCCGUAGUCAGGCGGGUCUCGAUGCUGCCAUUGAAUUUUUACAAACCAACUAUCAGGCCUAUGAUGGUUUGGCCAUAAACAGUAACAAACCUGUGGAUACUGCCAUACGUGGCAUGUCCAGCUAUGUGGUGAAUAGUGAUCAGGAAGCUAAGCUCUUGGAAUUGGUCACCGCCCUUAAGUAUAGUAUCUAUGUGAAUAGUGAUUUGGAGACUGUUGUUAAGUCCAGAAUCCAGGAUAAUUAUAAUUGGUUGAAAACAAAUCGUGGACCGAUUAUGACAUGGAUGAGCUCCUUCCGCACCAGUGGUAGUGCUAGUUUGUCAUUGUCUGUGGUCUCAAUGGCUACCGCCUUGUUGAUGGUUUUAUUUAGAUUGAAUUAA